ACACAUGUCCCCGUUUAACAAUAUGAGAUAAGAAUUUUCCAGUUUUCAUAAAUAACUUUUAAAAAUUGGGAAAUUUAUCAUUUUCAUUUUUGUCGUUCGAAACGAGUCGUCACAUAACAUUUGAACAAAAUGUUGAAAACAUUAAAUCUGAUCGAUAACAUCACGGAGCCAUAUCGAUUAUCGGUGGAAAAUCAAUAUGAAAUGUUCAUUGAUCAACGUUUUAAAGGUGACCAUAUCUUGGCGGGACAAAUUACUGGCUUGUUCAUCACAAUAGCCCUGUAUUGGAUUGUUGGUGCAGCCUAUACAUUCAUCGAUAUUUAUCAAUGGCCAAAAUUUAUUUUAAAAUAUAAAAUUCAAACGGAUAAAUCGCAGGUGAAUGGCAAGGAUUUGAACAGAUUAGUGAAACAGGUGUUGAUUAAUCAAAUAUUGGGUGCCAUAAUGGGUUUUUCAUUUCACUUUUUAAGAAGGAAUAACAUUCUUUUUCCACAACCAUCCACACAAAUACCAACAAUCAGCCGAUUUAUUACCGAAUGGAUAUCAUUCAUAUUGAUACGUGAAGUUUUGUUUUAUUAUACGCAUCGAUUAUGUCAUCAUGGUAAUCUCUAUCGUCAUAUUCAUAAACGCCACCAUGAAUGGCAAACACCGAUUGCUCUUGCAGCUAUUUAUUGCCAUCCAAUUGAACAUGCAAUUGUCAAUUUUUUUCCUGUCAUUAUUGGACCAUUUCUAAUGCGUUCACAUAUCCUUGUUGAAAAUAUUUGGUUAUUAUACACUGUCUUAUUAACAUUGAAUGACCAUUGUGGUUACCAUUUUCCAUGGUCAUUAUCACCAGUUUUUCAUGAUUUUCAUCAUCUCAAAUUCAAUGUGAAUUAUGGAAUUCUUGGCAUAUUAGAUUGGCUGCAUGGUACUGAUAAAAUUUUCCGCAAAUCAAAAUAUUUUCAAAAUCAUCAUAUCUAUUUUGGCUUAACACCGCCAAAUUAUUCAAAAAUUGAAUGAUCGAAUUAAAUAAUCUAAAUUUUUCAAUUUUGUCAUGAA